AUUUGAUGCCUCCCUUGACAGAAGCUCGUAUUCCGAUGAUGAGACCUGCAGGUAUGUCAUCCUCGGACCAGGCUCGGGCUCGAGCUACAGACAUCCCUUCUUCUAGCGGGGUUGGCACAUCUAGAGGUGGGAGUAGACCGUUUCCUCCGACUCCGUCGAUUCAUCCUCAUCUGGGAUGGCCAGAUAUGCCUACUGAGUUGAUGGCGUGGCAGUAUGGGGCUAGCUCUCCGACUCCGAUCCCACUAGAGCCUCCCAUGCCCAGUGAUCGAUAUGCCAUUGAUCCGGACUCACCGCCGCCAUCGCGAGGAUAGAUGGAGGAGGUGGUUGGACUGGUAGCCACACUCGAGGGCAUGGUCCUACGCAGGGAGGCACAGUUAUCCGUCGCGGGCAUUCAGGUACC